GGUAUGUAACAACUAUGUCUCAUUUUGUGGCUACAAUUGCAUUUUAAUCCCUUCCAUUAGGGUUAGUAUUACCCGUGAUGCUUAUUGUUGCAAAUACUGAAGAAGUCCAGCCAUGCAUUCUCACUUGCCCACAUUUAUUUAUCUUUUUGCAAAUGGACCAAAGUUGCUCCUUCCUGGCUUGUCUCUGGUUUUAGCCAGGAGCCAGCCAGGUGCUCCGCUCCCACGGACAUGCAUAUCUAUUCAUUUAUUUUGCAUUUAUUAAUAUUAUUUUUGCGCUUCUUUAAUUAAUGAAGUAGCAGUUAGUCAAGCAAUGCAACUUUCGACGUUGAGCCGGGGGUCUCUUUGGAAACAGCCUCUCUACUUUCGAGUAGGGGCAAGGUCUGCGUACACACACCCUCCCCAGACCCUACUCUUGUGGGAUUUAACUGGGUUGUUGUUGUUUAUUAAUAUUAUUUUUGCAAAUGGUAAUGUGCUCUGAUACCAUUGUUUUAUGCCUUGUGACGUCUUGUUUCCUCAAAUAUUACUAUUAAUUCUUUUUUGAGUGAAUUGUAACAUGUAUUUCAUCUAGCAUGCCUCUCUUUUGCAAUUCCAAUAUGGGUUCAUAAUGGCUAUCAGUUUUGUGUGUCAAGAAUUGAGAAUGGAGGUGGAGCAGGAAAUUAUCAAACUUUGGGAAUGAAACGGGCUCUUCUAGAAUAUGUCUGUGGGCUUCUCUCAUUUCCUGUAGAAUCUUCUCCCAUUGUUAGAGUUCAUUCAGACAUGCAAAUAUGCAAUAUUUCCCACGGGUUUCACAAACAUCAUGCUUGAAAAUUGAAUGAAUUUAUUUUGCAGGGUGUUCUAUUUGCCUACAUGUCUUUAUUUGCUGGAUCUGUUGUAGCUCUUGGAGUGAUAGUGUCUGCAAAACCAUUAGAUGAUUUAGGGUACAAGGGGUUGACUGUUGAUCAGAAUGUUGUUACCUCUCCUUAUGCAUCAUCUGUUUACCUUGGUUGGGCAGUGGCAUCUGCAAUUGCUUUAUUAGCUAGUGGCUUGCUGCCCAUCAUAUCAUGGUUUGUAACAUAUCGGUUUCCCCUCUCAUCUGGUAUUUCUAUUGGUGUAUUUGCAGCUGUUCUUGUGGCAUUUUGUAGUGUCUCGUAUUUGAAAGUUGUGAGUUUGAGGGUUGAUCAAGUCCUGAUGAAGGAAGACUUCUUGGCUGCAUUGCUUCCACUGUUAUGCAUUUUUGCAGUCCUUUCACUUUCUUCUGGUUUAUUUAAAUGGAAAGAUGAUAACUGGAAGCUUUAUCGAGGUGCCUAUAUAUUCAUUAUUAUUGGUCUUCUUCUUCAGCUUGGUGCCAUUUCGGCCAUCAUAGUUACAGUGCAUCCUUGGAGGAUAGGAGCAACAUUUCUCUUAGUUCUCCUCCUUCUAGUUCUAGCUAUCGGUGCGAUUCAUUAUUGGGCCUCAAAUAAUUUCUAUCUGAAAAGGGUUCAGAUGCUAGUUGUUUGUUUUCUAGCGUUUCUUGUGGCUUUGGCGGCCUUUCUUGUUGGAUGGUUUCAAGACAAGGCUUUUGUUUGUGCAUCCGUUGGUUACUUCUCAUUUCUUUUCCUACUAGCUGGAAGGGCAUUGAGUGGAAGAGUUAUUGGAGAAACAAUUGAGCUAGGUUACAAUCACCAGGUAAGUGUGGCUGGACUUGACUCUUUUAAUUUCCAACCGUGUGAAGCUGUGCUUGAGUCUGGUUGUGAAGUUUCCAACGUGUUUGUUGCUGAUUCUGAAUCUGAUUUUGAGACAAUAUUUGGAAACCUUUUUGAAGUCAAAACUGAACAAAAAAUGGCUACUUUGAAAGAACUUGCUGCCCCUAAUUUAAAUGUUCAACCUUUGGCUAUUACUUACACUGAAUUGGAAAAACAUUUAAAGCUGAAUUCUGGGUUUAUAAAUCUUUUGCCUAAGUUUCAUGGUCUUCCUGGAGAGGAUCCCUUCAGGCACGUCUCUGAAUUUCUGAUUACCUGCGGUGCUAUGGUGCCUGAAGGGGUUGCUCAGGACCAAAUUAAGUUGAGAGCUUUUCCUUUUUUCUGAUGGGGAUCCAUUGUGGAGUAUGUUGUCUAGAAGGGCAUGCAACUGAUGCUUAUCCUACUCUUCAAAAUCCUGAAGUCAACGCUGUUUUUUACAACAACCAACAAAGAAAUUAUGAUCCAUACUCAAAUUCUUAUAAUGAGGGCUGGAAGGAUCAUCCAAAUCUCAGAUAUGGUCCUCCUCAAAACAAUAAUCAAAAUUUUAAUCAAGCAAAUAGGGGAAAUCUGAAUUUAAAUCAUCAACCUAGCCAAGAUAGAAGUGCCCAGAUGUUUGAACAAAUUCUUAAGAAAAUGGAUGACAAGUU